AUAUCAAUCGCCCUGUGUUUUCUUCUUAAAACGUUUUAGGAUUAUCACAUAUAUGCCAAAUGACUUUUAGGUUUUUUAAUUCCACUAGUAACAGAGCAAAGAAAUUGUUGAACAAUUAGUAACUAAAGAAUUUAAGUGAAAAUGCCUGCCUAUAAAGUAAAAGUAAAAUGGGGACGUGAACUCUUUCCGGACAUAGAAGCUAAUACUGAUGAAGAACCAAUGUUAUUCAAAGCCCAAUUAUUUGCUUUAACAGGAGUGCAUCCCGACCGCCAAAAAGUAAUGUGCAAAGGCGGUAUUUUAAAAGAUAAUGAAUGGAAUCUUCAAUUGAAAGAUGGUGCAACUGUGCUACUCCUAGGAUCAAAAGAACAGGUUCCAGAAGAACCAGUAACUCCGGUGAAAUUUAUAGAAGAUAUGAAUGAUGCAGAAAUGGCUACAGCAAUGGAACUGCCUGCUGGUCUUACGAAUUUAGGAAAUACUUGUUAUAUGAAUGCAACUGUACAAUGUCUGCAUGCUGUGCCUGAGCUACGUGAAGCUCUUGAUAAAUACCGGGUGGACUCUGAAGAUGCCGGUUCGAUGUCAACCGCAAUGGCUUCAGCUAUGAAGUUUUUGUUUAAACAAAUGGAACGCGGAAGUACUGUGACACCAAUAAUCUUAUUGCAAACAUUACAUCGGGCAUCGCCACAAUUUUCACAAGUUGGCGAGAAUGGGACCUAUCGACAGCAAGAUGCCAACGAAUGCUGGUCAGAAUUACUGAAAAUGAUGCAGCAAAAAAUUCCAGCCUCUAAUGACAAAUCAAUUGAAGGAAGUGAUGUUAAAAAGUACAAUUCAUUUAUAGAACAAUACUUUGGUGGUUCAUUUGAGGUUAAAAUGAGUUGUGCCGAAACCGAAGAUGAGGAACCAACUAUGGCUAAAGAGCAAUUCCUUCAGCUUAGUUGUUUUAUAUCAACGGAAGUGAAAUAUAUGCACAGCGGUCUGAAAUCGCGAAUGAAGGAACAGUUGAUAAAGCGGUCAGAAACUUUGGGUCGAGAUGCCAAUUAUAUUAGAACGUCUCUUAUCAGUCGCCUACCAGCAUAUUUAACAAUACAGUUUGUUCGUUUUCAAUAUAAAGGAAAGGAGGGUAUUAAUGCAAAAGUUUUAAAAGAUAUAAAAUUUCCAAUCGAAUUUGAUGCAUUUGAGUUAUGUACUCCUGAACUACAAGAUAAGUUGUGCCCCAUGAGAGCUAAGUUUAAAGAAGCCGAAGAUAAACAUUUAGAGGGCAAAAUUAAAGCAAUCACCGAAGAUAAAAGUGCUCCAACUGAAGCAGGUAAAAAUGUAGAAACUGAAAACUAUUGGUUCGAAAAUGAUCCAGGCAGCAAUAAUUCCGGAUACUACACUCUUCAAGCUGUAUUAACUCACAAAGGACGCUCAAGUUCUUCAGGUCAUUACGUAGCUUGGGUAAAACACUCCGGUGAUGUCUGGUUUAAAUUUGAUGACGAUGUGGUUACUUCCGUAACUACUGAAGAUAUUCUACGCUUGUCCGGAGGUGGAGAUUGGCAUUGUGCCUAUGUUCUUUUGUAUGGACCAAAGUUGCUAAAGAAACAAUGAAAUUAAAUAAAAAAUAUAUAUGUGAGACUCUA